AGAGAGAGAGAGAGAGAGAGAGAGAGAGAGAGAGAGAGAGAGAGAGAGAUUUUUUUUUUGCCUGAUUUACUAUCUAUAAUUUCAGCGUUACAAAAAUCCGCAGAGUAUGAAUGCCAGGAAUAAUUUAUGUCUUUCACGUCUCGCCAAUAUUUUCUGAACCGAUUUUUUUUGGGGGGAUGUGACUAAACUGUGCUCAGAUUUAUCUAUCUGCCUCUCUCGUCUAAGAAGAAACACAAAAGGACACACGGACGCUAGACACUCGCCCUGAUCGUGAGGAAAAACACAGCUGGCAGCCCUGACUAUACCACAGUAUAAAGAGGCGGUGCUGGUAGACGCUCAUCAUCAGUCCAUCUCCAGACUCAAUAUGAUCAACACGUUCCUCACCCUUUGUCUCUGCCUCGGUGUGGUCGUGGCCGACACAAUGACCACCGAGGUCACCAGGGAGAAGCGAGGUUUCCAAGGCGGCGGCGCCGGCGGCGAUUAUGGUGGAGGUUCUGGAGGUGGUGGCGGCUAUGGCGGCGGUGCUGUUAGCGGCGGCGGAAGUUACUUGAUCGUGGGCGGUGGUGGUGGCAGCCACGGACCCAGGGCCGCAGACAUCGCCAACCAGGCUGCGGCUCAGGCCACCGCAGCUGCCGCUGGACUUGGUGGGGCCGCCAAAUCUGCCGCUUCGGCAGCCGCCGGUCAGGCCGCAGCCGCAGCUUCUGCUGCCUCCCAGACUGCUCAGGCCGCCGCCGCCCAAAAGCACGCACAAGCCGCACAGAUUACACAGGCCGCUCAGGGGGCACAGGCCGCUGCCUUCGCCGAGUCUGCCUUGGCAGGACGGGCCAGCCAGGCCAUGCAGGCCGCCAAGAUCACCUCCUCCUCGGCCUCUGGUCUGCUGGCCACCCUUGGCUAUGUGACGGCCGAGGCCAACGCAUUGGCCUCUCAGGCGGCCAACAGUCUGGCCGCCAUACAGGCUUUCCUGGACGGUCAGCAGGCCAUGGCCUGGCAGGCUCAACAGGCCGCCAACUCCCUCAACCAGCAGCAAAGUUUGGUCCUCAACGACCUGCAGUCAACACAGGCAGCAGCAGCGCAGGCCCAGGCGGCCGCCAGCAAGGCUCUGGCCAAGGCCAAGGGCAGCGGCGGCGGCUACGGCAGUGGGAGUGGCGGUGGCGGCUACGGUCACUAGACCUGAAGAUGGACUUCGCCACUGUCACAACCUUACCGUAGUAACACUGGUAGCUGGAACAGUUUUUGUACUAGUAUAAGUAAUUUGUUGGUCAGAAAUAUAUUCUAUUUUGAGACGA